UCAAUUUUGAUCAUGAAUUCAGGCAUGCAGUCAUUACCUAUCUCUUAUCGGAAUGUUAUGCCGGUUGCUCUCAUUUCUAGCCGGAGUUCAACUUAUGCUCGUGUCCAUUGUUGCUCUUCAUCUCUUGGCCAUGUUAUGGAUGAGGAGAGGUUCAUUGAAGUUUCUAAAAGCGGAAACUUGAUUCCGCUGCAUAGAACCAUUUUUUCUGAUCAUCUGACUCCGGUUUUGGCAUACCGAUGUUUGGUGAAAGAAGACGAUCAUGAAGCUCCAAGCUUUCUAUAUGAGUCAGUUGAACCUGGUAUUCAAGGUUCUAGUGUUGGUCGUUAUAGCUUGGUGGGAGCUCAACCAUCCAUGGAAAUUGUAGCUAAGGAACACAAUGUGACUAUAUUAGACCACCAGACUGGAAAAUUGACUCAGAAGACGGUCCAAGAUCCGAUGACAAUUCCAGCAAGUAUUUCCAACGGAUGGAAGCCCGGACUUAUUGAUGAUGAACUUCCUGAUACCUUUUGUGGUGGAUGGGUUGGUUACUUCUCAUAUGACACAGUUCGAUACGUAGAGAACAAGAAGUUACCAUUCCUAAGCGCUCUAGAAGAUGACCGUAACCUUGCAGAUAUUCAGUUAGGACUUUAUGAGGAUGUCAUUGUGUUUGAUCAUGUAGAGAAGAAAGCGUAUGUGAUUCACUGGGUGCGGUUGGAUCAGUACUCCUCUCUUCCUGAGGCUUAUAUAGACGGGAAGAAACGCUUGGAAAUAUUAAUGUCUAGAGUACAAGGAAUCGAGUCUCCAAGGUUAUCUCCCGGUUCUGUGGAUUUCCGUAUUCAUGAAUUUGGAUCAUCGUUAACCACGGGAAACAUGACACGUGAUGAGUACAAGAAUGCCGUCUUACAGGCAAAGGAACACAUUGCUUCAGGAGACAUAUUUCAAAUUGUUUUAAGUCAACGUUUUGAGAGAAGAACAUUUGCUGAUCCAUUUGAAGUCUACAGAGCAUUAAGAAUUGUGAAUCCAAGCCCAUACAUGACUUACAUACAAGCCAGAGGCUGUAUUUUAGUUGCAUCGAGUCCAGAAAUUCUAACGCGUGUGAAGAAAAGAAGAAUCGUUAAUCGACCAUUAGCUGGGACAAGCAGAAGAGGGAAGACACCUGAUGAGGAUUUGAUGUUGGAAAUGCAGAUGUUAAAAGAUGAGAAGCAAUGUGUGGAGCACAUCAUGCUAGUCGAUUUAGGACGAAAUGAUGUAGGAAAGGUAUCUAAACCUGGUUCUGUGAAUGUUGAAAAGCUCAUGAGCAUCGAGAGGUAUCCCCAUGUGAUGCACGUAAGCUCCACGGUGUCGGGAGAGUUGCUUGAUCAUUUAACCUGUUGGGAUGCACUGCGUGCUGCGUUGCCUGUUGGGACUGUCAGUGGAUCACCAAAGGUAAAGGCAAUGGAGUUGAUCGAUAAGCUAGAAGUAAGUCGGAGAGGGCCUUACAGCGGUGGAUUUGGAGGCAUUUCAUUUUCAGGUGACAUGGACAUGGGAUUAGCUCUAAGGACGAUGGUAUUCUUGAACGGAGCUCGUUAUGACACAAUGUAUUCAUACACGAAUGCCAGUAAACGUCGAGAAUGGGUUGCACAUCUCCAAUCUGAGGCUCGAAUUGCCGCUGAUAGUGAUCCUGAUGAGAAACAGAUAGAAUGUGAAAAUAAAAUAGCUUGUCUAUGCAGGGCAAUUGACUUGGCUGAAUCAACUUUUGUUAAGGGAAGAUCAUCAGUACUCAAGAUAAAUGGUUCUGUUCCAAAUCUAUUUUCAAGGGCCAGAGUAAAUGAAAAAAGAAACUAACUAGCCAAAUGAAAUGUGCUUGACGAAUCUCAGUAGCUCAGUUAGUUGGAUUUCUACCUGAACUUUCAUUUUGUUGGUGAGGGUUCGAUUCCUCAUUUUGUAAUCCCUCUACUAGGGGUGUUAACGAGUCGGUUUGGGUCGGUUACUGGUCAAAAUCAAAACCAAACCAAUUUAUAAAUCGAUUUUUAAAUUAUUAAAACCAAA